CGUGUCGGAAGGCGGUGCUUUUUCCCUCCCUAGACCCGUGGACGGAGAAGUGCCACAGGCGCGCUUUUCUGCUUGGUUUAGAGCUGCUCUUCUCCAAGAAUUACAGCCUUUGACACCGUUAGAGCACGCAUAGUCACAACAAUAAUCACAAAGGACAUAUUUAAGUCGGUUUAGAGGUGAUACAGCGAGGGGCCUGCCUCCUUCUUGGACUGAGACGGAGCCACCAUGAAGCUAACGGACAAUGUGCUGCGGAGCUUCAGGGUAGCUAAGGUGUUCCGAGAAAACGCAGACAAAAUCAACUGCUUCGAUUUCAGCUCGAACGGAGAAACUAUUAUUUCUAGUAGCGACGACGACUCCCUCGUCCUGUACGACUGCCAGGAGGGAAAACCCAAAAGGACGCUCUACAGUAAAAAAUAUGGAGUGGAUCUGAUCAGGUACACUCAUGCUGCAAACACUGUUGUCUACAGUUCCAACAAAAUUGAUGAUACUAUUCGGUACUUGUCCCUUCAUGAUAACAAAUACAUCCGCUACUUUCCCGGACACAGUAAAAGAGUGACGUCUCUGUCCAUGUCUCCUGUGGAUGACUCAUUUAUUUCUGGCUCAUUAGACAAAACAAUCAGAUUAUGGGACUUGCGGUCACCAAACUGUCAGGGUCUGAUGCACCUGCAGGGGAAGCCUGUGUGCUCCUUUGACCCGGAGGGUCUCAUCUUCGCUGCAGGAAUAAACUCGGAGAUGGUUAAACUUUAUGACCUGCGGUCGUUUGACAAGGGCCCGUUCGCAACAUUCAAGCUUCAGUAUGACAGGACGUGCGAGUGGACGGGGCUCAAGUUUAGCAACGAUGGAAAACUUAUUCUCCUCUCCACUAACGGAGGAGCCCUUCGAAUCCUAGACGCUUUUAAAGGAGCCGUGUUACAUUCCUUUGGGGGCUACAACAACAGCAAAGGAGUCACACUGGAGGCGUCAUUCACACCAGAUUCUCAGUUUGUCAUGAUUGGCUCUGAGGACGGGAAGAUCCACGUGUGGAACGCAGAGAGCGGUAUGAAGGUGGCUCUGCUGGACGGGAAGCACACGGGGCCGAUCACCUGCCUGCAGUUCAACCCCAAGUUCAUGACGUUUGCAAGCGCCUGCUCCAACAUGGCCUUCUGGCUCCCGACCAUCGACGACUGAGGAUGAGUGACAGCAGGCCAGCAGGGGGCGACACCGUCAGCACAACAACGGAGAAUCAAAAGUCCAAUAUAAUUUGUAAAUAUUAGAUUUCCAGAAGAUCACUUGUCUAUUGUUUUUUAUAUUUCUAUUUAACAAUAAAAUGUUUCUUUGUUCUUUUUGUA